UUCCAAUUUCCAAAAAGAAAAAGAAAACCCUAAAAGAAGAAGUUUGAUCUCGUUUUGUUUUGUUCCCAUGGCGACUGAUUUGGACAAUUCCUCUACGGCCUCUGGGGAAGCAAGCGUUUCUUCCUCCGGAAACCAAACAGCCCCUUCCAUUCCCAAAUCCACUCCCAAGAAAAAGCGAAAUCUCCCCGGAAUGCCAGACCCAGAUGCGGAGGUGAUUGCUCUGUCGCCUAAGGCACUUCUGGCGACAAACCGGUUCAUAUGCGAAAUCUGCAACAAAGGGUUCCAGAGGGACCAGAAUCUGCAGCUCCACCGGCGAGGGCACAAUCUGCCAUGGAAGCUGAGACAGAGGUCGAGCAAGGAGGUGAAGAAGAGGGUGUACGUCUGCCCCGAGCCCUCCUGCGUCCACCACGACCCCUCGCGAGCCCUCGGCGAUCUCACCGGAAUCAAGAAGCACUUCUGCAGAAAGCACGGCGAGAAGAAGUGGAAAUGCGACAAGUGCUCCAAAAAGUACGCCGUCCAGUCCGAUUGGAAGGCCCAUUCCAAGAUUUGCGGCACCCGAGAGUACAAAUGCGAUUGUGGGACUUUGUUCUCAAGGAGGGAUAGUUUUAUCACGCAUAGGGCUUUCUGUGAUGCAUUGGCGGAAGAAAGCGCAAAAAAUCAGAAUAAUCAGCCACCAAAUCCUCCUCAGGACCAAGUACAAGCUCAGAAUCAGACAACUGGGAAGUUGAAUUCAGAAUCGGAGCCAAAAGUUCAGAAGAAAAAUUCAUCAUCUCCACCACAACCACCACCACCAAAAUCAAAAGAGGCUCCACCUUCAUCAACCUCUGUUCAAUCUGGUCCUUCACAAUCAACUGGUGUAAUAUCGUCAUCCACUUUGCCUAUCCAAACCCCAGCGGGAUUGCCUGAAAAUCCCCCGCGAAUCUCGGAAGAAACGACGCCCGAACCCGGCUUAAACGGGAGCUCAAAUAGUAUCACUAGUUCAAGCAGCAAUGGCAGCACAAGCAGUAGUGUAUUUGCAAGCCUGUUUGCUCCCUCAACAACAUCAGCAAACUUGCAGCCUCCUCAAUCUCCUGCAUUCACAGAUCUAAUCCGAGCCAUGGGGCCCCCGGAUCCCCCUGCUGAUCUCGCACCAUCUUCCUCUAUAGAACCGAUCUCUCUCGGCCUCUCUACUAGCCAUGGCUCCUCAAUUUUCGGAACUGCAGGUCAAGAGCGCAGGCAAUACGCACCUCCACCACAACCAGCCAUGUCUGCCACCGCAUUGCUCCAGAAAGCCGCUCAAAUGGGCGCGGCUGCAACGAACGCCUCAUUGCUUCGUGGGUUGGGAAUCAUGUCGUCUACAUCCCCAUCUGCGCAGCAAGAGAAUUUGCAAUGGCCUCGGCGGCAAGUAGAACCUGAUAGUGGGUCGGUUGCUGCAGGGCUUGGACUCGGUCUGCCUUGUGAUGGAGGCUCUGGUUUGAAGGAACUCAUGAUGGGAACUCCUUCCAUGUUUGGUCCAAAGCAAACAACACUUGAUUUUCUAGGACUGGGAAUGGCUGCUGGUGGAAGCCCCAAUGGCGGCUUAUCAGCAUUGAUCACAUCCAUUGGUGGCGGUCUAGAUGUUGCUGCUGCCGCAGCCUCCUUUGGAGGUGGAGAAUUCAGUGGCAAAGAAAUUGGAAGGAGCUCAUGAAAUUAGAGAACAAGAGUACAAAAUACUCUUAGUUUCAUCUGACAUGGGAAAGGUGGGCAUAAUUCGGGUUCAAUCUGGUAAAUUCUGCAGAAGAAACAGUACUAAGAUAUGUAAUUUUGGCGUCUAAAAUUAGAAGUGAAAAAUGCCCUCAUGAAGGUAUGAGCAAGACCACAGGCAGUUGAGAUCCUUUUUUCCCCCUUUGUUCUGCUGCCUUUUGAUGAUUUGGACAGAGACUUUGUCUUGGUGGUAGUUAGACUUUAUUAAAGCUACAAAUUAUGAACCAGAGACCCUUUGUGCUCUCUGAUUUGUAAGGGGGGGCAUUUCAGUUUUAAGGUCACUCAAGCUAGGAAAAUAGGAAGGGAAAAUGUCUUUUUUUUCUUGUGAAGUUGUAACUUUGGUGAACUAAAUAUUUAUACAACCACCUCCUUCAUUCUUUAUGUUUUUUUGGAGCCAAAAAGGCUUUAUGGAGUCGCUUAGCCUUUAUGAUUUAUGGCCUCAGGCAUAAACUGAUAUGUGGCAACAAUUUCGAUUUGUAACGGCCAGGAGGGAAAGGUGAAGGAAAAUAUUGUAAAUGAUUAUGAUAAUUUUAUGUUGGGAGUGAUAGAGCUCAGGUAUCGUUGAGUUCACGCACUUAAAAUUUUAA